AUGGGACACAGAGAAGAUGCCAGCAGAAUGGGAAUAAGUGAACUAGUCACCAUUUACAAGAGGAAAGGGGACUCACUGGACUGCGGGAACUUCAGAGGCAUCAAGCUCCUAGAACAUGUUAUGAAGAUACUGGAGAAGGCAAUAGAGGGAAGGUUACAUGGACUGGUAUCGGUAAACGAUAUGCAGUUUGGCUUUAACCCAGGUAGGGGAACGAUGGACGCUGCCUUUAUUAUAAAGCAACAGCAGGAAAAGCAUCUCGAAGUGAACAGGGACUUAUAUUACACUUUAGUGGACCUAGAGAAGGCGUGCGACCGGGUCCCUAGAGACCUGGUGUACUGGUGCCUCAGACAGCAAAAAGUCCCAGAGAAACUGAUAAGGAUGGUUGAACCACAUAUUGAGGAGCAAGGACCGCUGUGA